AUGAAGAAUCCAUCCACAGCUGCUGCUAAUUUGUCCUCCUCAAUGGCCAUCUUACUUUCUGGACCUUUGAUGACUCAAGAGGUGGAUGUCAGCAAUGUAAGUAAAGUGUCUAUGAAUCGAAGCAGACUGUAUCGGUCACCGUCUAUGCCAGAGAAGCUAGACCGGCCUGUUUUAAAGAGGCCUGUACGGCCCCAAGAUGGGGAAACUCCUGUUAAGGUGAAAAGAAGACGCAGUACAAGCAGUCCACUCCAGCCUGAUGAUGAAGAAAACUUUCAACCGAGAAGACGGGGAGCAUCUCUGAAAAAGACCCUGUCUCUUUGCGAUGUAGAUAUUACAAAAGCAUUGGAUGAGGACUAUAGUCACAGACAGCUAAUUGGAGAUUUUUCAAAGGUCUAUGCUUUGCCUACUGUGACUGGACGACACCAGGAUCUUCGCUAUAUCACUGGAGAGACUCUGGCAGCAUUAAUUCAAGGAGAGUUUAGUAGUCUUGUGGAAAAAUUCUACAUUAUUGACUGCCGAUAUCCUUAUGAAUACGAAGGGGGCCAUAUCAAGGAUGCAUUAAACCUCCAUCGACUAGAAGACGCGUUGGCUUAUUUUCUAAAUCAACCUCUGGUUCCAUCUGUGGCACAAAAGCGCAUUAUUUUGGUGUUUCAUUGUGAGUUCUCUUCAGAGAGAGGUCCAAAAAUGUGCCGGUUUUUGAGAGAGGAAGACCGGGCCAGGAAUGAAUAUCCAAGUCUUCAUUACCCAGAAUUGUAUCUGCUUAAAGGGGGCUACAAAGAAUUUUUCCCAGAAUACAAGGUUUUGUGUGAGCCUCAGGGAUACUGCCCUAUGCAUCACCAAGAUUACAGAGAAGAACUGCUGAAAUGCCGUACAAAGAGCAAAUCCUGGGCAGGCGAUCGCAAAAGGAGGGAUCAAAUCGCUAGACUGAUGAAGCUGUAA